UCGAUUCGCCAAAAACAAUUGCCAAUUCGCUCGGUCCGACUCCGUCUAUCAACCGAAAAGUUUUGCGUUCGCGUUGAAACAUAAUUUACGUGCAAUUAAAAUAAAAGCAAUUAACAAAAAUGACGGAUACGAUGGAAAGUGGAACUAUGUCCAGCGAAACGGUUUUGACCCAUAAUUUAAGCGGUCAAUCGGAAUUUAAAGAAUUUCUUAAGAGGUCGAACGCUUUUAGGUUACAAACGGUUGACACCGAAGAAAUGCGCGACGUAUUAAAAUCAGUAAUCGCUAGAACGAAGAUCGAACACGAGAAAAAGGGGAACAAGUGUCAAACGACUCGCAAGUGUCGAUUACAACAGCCUCAGAGUUUCUAUUUCGAAAAGCUGAAAGAGUUUGCGAACAAAUUACCCUCGAAUACUCUUCUACUUGAGUGGGAGAACAACAUACGCAAUUUAGUGACGCCCAGUCUUCGAAACAAAUAUGCGGGUAUUUUUGAGGAACAAAUGGAAGAAACCAAAAGACGUUAUUACGAAGCGAUGCACGAUGCAACUGUGAAACAAGUGGUAGCGAUCGAAUGUCAAGAAAUGUGUAACGAGGAUUUGAAAGGAUUCCCGCCGUUUAAGCUAGCCGGCCGGACAGAUCUGUAUCCUAAGUAUUUGAAAAAUCGUUGCGCGGUAAAAAGACAAUAUUAUCUACCCCAUAGAUUGAUGAGGAAUAUUGUUGCUAAAACAUACACCCUGAUGCCACGAUGGAUUUGCGAUUUCGGACGUUAUCGGAAGCUUGGUUAUCUUGAUUUUAACAGAUUCUUGGAUUUGGUGGAAACGGAUACGAAAAAAGGCGCUCUCGCAGUGAGCAGUGGCUACUAUGGUGACAUCGUGCGACUUAUCUCUCAACCGCGCUAUCUUCACGACGUACCUCCACCCUCGAUGCGACCGUUCCUCAACUGUGCAAAUAAUCUGCUCGGCCUUCAAGUGGAAACAUGCAUGAUAAACACCAUCGUAUAUCUACUUGAAAUCUUAAAUGACCCGCACACCGUACCAUUACUAAAAGUGCAAUUAAAAUGCGAGAACAACGAGUUGUUUCUUAGCCCAACGUUGCAUGAAAUUUACAUGGCAUUCCGCACUAUCGUUGGAAAUAUCGGUAACAUUGGUCAACAAUUACCGCCGUUAGAUUCAUGGGUAGGCGUGAAAAUCGAUCGCGCCUACAUCAAAGUCGUUUUACCUGAAUGGUAUCUGGAAGAAACUCAUCAACGGCUCGCUGAAGUUCUACAACAUACUUUUCAACCCUUAAACGAUUACGUCGACGAACUACGUGAGAAGUUCAAAGUUGUUUUCGAUCCGGGAACACACAAAAACAUUACCACUUACACAGUUGGUACAGGGCACACUUUCCAAGAAUGCGUGGCCAAGGUGGAAGAUUUUAAUCGAUUUAUCCGAGAUAUAAACGGCAUGCUGGAUCACGAGUACUUUCCCACGGGAACGAUUUACCAGGUGGAUGCGAAAGUAGGUCUUCUCCAUUACACGGGACAGGUGCGCGAAUUAAUCAUCGAGGAACUCAUUAAAACUCAUUGGAACUACAACACUGAAAUUUGCAAUGCGUUCGAAGACAUAAGAGAACGAGCCUUGAACGUGCCCACUACUACCAAAGAAUUACUAGAAUUGGGCGAAUACAUGUUAAUGGCUGCAUCGACGUUGAUGAAGGCGCUGGAAGAGAAAAUCACUGUGUCGUUGCGCAUGCUGGCUUCGUUGAUCGAAAUGACUGCAUUGUCCAAAGAUCACAUAGAGUUAAAUAAUACCACUGUACAUUGGCUAAAGCGGAUAAGACCGAUAUUCGAACAAAACAGCGCGGUGUACGAACAAACGAAGUACGAGCUGGAGGAGAAGCUUCACAGAAAGGUCGAGAGCUUGAACGCGGACGUUGAAAGUAUGUUUCCUAGAUUAGAAAUAAUGAACGAUAUGAACGACGCGAAUCGAAUACACGAGUACAUAGAAUACAUGCGAAAAUUCGCGCGGGACUUGGAUCGCGCGGACGAGAGGGUGACGUGGAUCAACGAAGAGGAGAAGCUUUUCCAAUACGCUGUCUCUCAGUAUCCGCGCAUCAAAGAGCUGAAAGAGAACAUAAUGCCGUAUUACGAUCUGAUUUACCGCGGCUUUCAGUGGCAAAGACACCGCGACGUUUGGUUGGAUGGGCCGUUCGAGUAUCUCGACUCGAACGUGAUCGAAAACAAAACCACCGAAUACUUCACCGAUUUCAAUAAGAUCAAUAAACAGUACAAGACGAAAAUCAAAAUGGAACUCGCAAUGAGUUAUCCUUAUUGUUUCAUCGGAUCGCCGGACGAUCCGGAUCCGUUUCAACAACCAGCGCCUCUGAACCUCUGUAAUCAGCUUAUCGAGAAUGUGAAAUGGUUCAAGUAUUAUAUACCGCUGUUGGCGGUGUUCCGGAAUCCUGCUUUGCGGCAGACCCACUGGGACGAUAUGUCGGUUAUAGCUGGCUUCGAUCUUACCCCCGACGCUGGAACGACCUUUCGAAAGAUUCUAAAAAUGGACUUGAUGGACGAUUUAGAAAAGUACGAAAUGAUAAGUACAAGCGCAACGAAGCAACUGAUGCUCGAAGAGUUGCUAGCGAAGUUGAUCAGCGAAUGGGACGACGUGAUAUUUACCACCGUACAGUACAAAGACUCCGGGGUAAACAUUUUAACGCAACUGGACGAUAUUCAAGCCCUGUUGGAGGAGCAGAUCGUAAAAGUCCAAGCGAUGCGUGGAUCAGCGUUCGUCAAACGUAUCGAGGAAGAGGUGAAAGAAUUCUACGCUCUCUUACUUCGGAUGCGAUCGACGAUCGACGAAUGGACCAAAGUACAAGUGCAAUGGAUGUAUUUAUUGCCGAUCUUUUCGAGCAAAGAUAUCGUGGCGCAAUUGCCCGAGGAGGAAAUACUGUUCGUUCAAGUGGACAGAAUAUUUCGUAGCGCGAUGACCGGCGUCUCCAGGGAUCCUCGCGUCCGAGAAACAGCCGGCUCUGUGGGUCUUUUAGAAAUCAUGACGGAAGCGAACAUCUUAAUGGAAAAAGUCAACGACGGGGUGUUGAAUUACUUGGAGAAAAAGAGACUAUACUUCCCGCGUUUCUUCUUCUUGAGCAACGACGAUAUGCUGGAAAUACUCUCCGAAACGAAGGAACCCCUUCGCGUACAACCGCAUCUUCGAAAAUGCUUCGAAGGAAUAAAUAAAUUGGGAUUCAACGACGAAAUGGAGAUAUAUUCGAUGUUCAGCGAGGAUGGCGAAGAAGUAAACGUGCAGGAGCAGAUCUCGACCGCUGCAGCGAGAGGUUGCGUGGAACGCUGGCUCGUUCAAGUCGAGGAACAAAUGGUGAAAUCUAUACGACACGAAAUCCUGAUGAGCUACCUAGAUUACGAGGUGAACAAACGAAACGUAUGGGUGCUUAUAUGGCCCGGUAUGGUCGUUCUAUGCGUCGCGCAAAUUUACUGGAGCAUGCAAGUUCAAAACAGCCUUAUGACUCGUAUAGCUUCGACGAUGGAAACGUUGCAUUCGAAACUAAGAAAUCAAAUCUUAGACAUGGUGGAGCUGGUUAAAGGACAGUUGUCGAAACAAAAUCGAACCACGUUAAACGCUCUAAUCACGCUUGACGUUCACGCGAUGGACGUGGUGAAAAUGCUGAUCGACAAAAAGAUCAGAAGCGAACUGGAUUUCGAAUGGUUAUCGCAGCUUCGCUACUACUGGGAAGACGACGUGUUUGUUAGAAUUAUUUACACGGCGGUGUCCUAUGCGUACGAGUAUCUUGGAAAUUGUCCUCGACUCGUUAUUACCCCUUUAACUGAUAGAUGUUAUCGCACGUUAAUCGGCGCGUACUCGUUGCACCUGAACGGAGCGCCGGAAGGUCCUGCCGGUACCGGAAAGACGGAAACGACGAAGGAUCUGAGCAGAGCGAUCGCCGUUCAGUGUGUAGUAUUCAACUGCUCCGAGGGACUCGACUAUAAGAACAUGGGGAAAUUCUUCAAAGGUCUCGCCUCGUGUGGCGCGUGGUCCUGCUUCGACGAGUUCAACAGAAUCGAGCUCGAAGUGCUAUCGGUAGUCGCGCAACAAAUCCUCUGCAUCAUCCAAGCCGUACGCGGUAAACUGGAAACGUUCGUGUUCGAAGGUACCGAACUGAGAUUAAAUCCAUCCGUUUACGUUUGCAUCACGAUGAAUCCCGGCUACGCGGGUCGCACAGAGCUGCCCGAUAAUCUUAAAGUACUCUUCCGAACGGUGGCGAUGAUGGUGCCCGAUUACGCCAUGAUUGCCGAGAUAUUCCUCUACUCGUCCGGCUUUGGCACCGCUCGAGAGCUCUCCACAAAAAUCGUCACAACGUACAAGCUCUGCUCCGAGCAACUCUCCACGCAAUCUCAUUACGAUUACGGUAUGCGAGCUGUGAAGACUGUCUUAACGGCUGCUCAAAACAUCAAGCUACAAUUUCCCGAGGAGAACGAGUCUGUCUUGUUGCUUCGAUCCGUCAUCGACGUGAAUCUACCGAAAUUCUUGGCUCACGACGUUCCGCUCUUCCAAGGCAUAGUCUCCGAUUUGUUCCCCGGCCUGGAGCUUCCCUCGCCUAGUUACGACGUCCUGCUAAGAGCUGUUCGAGAGAUAGCACGGAAACGGAAUCUGCAACCGGUGGAUGGUUUUCUAUUGAAGAUCAUCCAGACGUUCGAGAUGAUGAUCGUCCGACACGGAUUCAUGCUGGUCGGCGAUCCUUUCGGCGGGAAAACUUCUGUCCUCUACACUCUGGCCGAUGCUCUAACCUUGAUGGACGAAUGGGGCGAGAAGAAUGGAGCAACGACCAAGUAUUUCACUAUCAAUCCGAAAUCUAUAACCUUAGGACAAUUGUACGGUUUCUUCGAUCCGGUCUCCUCCGAGUGGACCGACGGUGUCUGCGCGGUUGCUUUCCGAAGGUACUGCACCGAGGAUACUCCCGACAGGAAAUGGAUCAUUUUCGACGGGCCGGUGGACGCCGUUUGGAUCGAGAACCUCAACACCGUGCUCGACGAUAACAAGAAACUCUGCUUAACCUCCGGCGAGAUAAUGCAAAUGUCCGGCGUAAUGUCGAUGAUCUUCGAAGCGAUGGAUCUUUUUCACGCCUCCCCCGCUACCGUCUCCCGUUGCGGCAUGAUUUACAUAGAACCACGGGUCCUAGGCUGGAAGCCGUUCUUUCGAUCCUGGAUGAACAACUUAAACCCAGCUUGGUCGCAGGAUAACAAAGAAUACAUCCAGCAAUUGUUUUAUUGGCUGAUCGAUCCUUGCUUGGAGUUCAUCCGAAAGCAAUGCCGCGUCACCAUGAACGCCGGACAAAUCCAUCAAGUCGUAUCAACCAUGCAUCUAUUCGAGAUGUUCAUGGAGGACGCGGUCGAGCAGAAUCCAAAGACUUUCGAUCAAUUCGUUUUACCUUGGUUACAGGCGACCAUGUUGAUGUCUAUUGUCUGGGGUGCAGCCGGUACAUUGAGCUACGAUUCUCGCUUGAAAUUCAACGAUUAUUAUCUGACCUUCUGGAAGAACGAGCAGAAGGGACAUCCGCUUCCAGAGUUUCUCGUCGAUGCGUUAAUUUCUAUUCCAACCGAAGAGCCGAUACACGAUUGCUUUUACACGUAUCGUGGUCGAGGUGCUUGGAGACGGUUCGCCGACGUGGCAAGGCAGCAAGAACUUCUGGAGACCGAGAGUAUCGUUCAACUGAUGGUCCCUACCAUCGAUACCGUCAAGUAUCAAACGUUGUUCCUUAUGCACGUGCAACACCGGAAACGUUUCCUUCUGUACGGUGAAACAGGCACUGGGAAAAGUUUCUACAUAAAGGAUCUGAUCAUGAACAGAUUGAGCGAGAAGGAAUACCUACCGAAUUUCGUAACGUUCACGCCUAACAUAACUGCCGCACAGACGCAGGAACUAAUCGUCCUGAAACUGUACAAAAGACGGAGGAAUCAGUUCGGUCCUCUGGCUGGCACACAGUGCAUCGUCUUCAUCGACGACGUGAACAUGCCCGCGAAAGAGAUGUACGGCUCCCAACCGCCCAUCGAACUCCUUCGUCAGUUCUUCGAUCACAAGGUUUGGUUCGAUCUGAAGAAACCAGAGAUUAUACACAUCUACGACACCAUGUUCGUCUGCGCGAUGGCACCUCCAGGUGGUAGCAGACAGGAAGUCUACCAAAGGUUCUUGCGACACUUCAAUCUAUACAGCAUCAGCAAUUUCUCCGAGGAUACUGUUACUCGAAUAUUUACGAAUAUAGCGUUCGUAGGAUUGCAAAGAAACGGUUUCACCACUGCGGUGAUGGGGACCAUCAUGGACAUCGUACGCGCCACGCAGAAUAUUUUUCAGAACGCUCGAGCGGAGCUCAGACCGACCCCGACGAAGUCUCACUAUUUAUUCAAUCUCCGUGAUUUCGCUCGCGUGAUCACUGGGUGUACAAUGAUCAAAGAGGAAUCCGUCGAAUCCAAGACGGAUUUCACGAGACUCUGGGUCCACGAGAUUCUAAGGGUGUUCGGGGAUCGACUGGUGGAUCAAGACGACAGGCAGUGGCUCUUCUUGAAGAUCAAGGAAGUAGUUAGCGGUAAUCUGAAGGAGUCGUUCGACUCGGCGUUCGAUUACCUGCCGAAAUUCAAGGAUCAAUUAACGGAGGAAAGUCUACGGAGUCUGAUAUUCGGGAAUUUCAUGGACGUCGACACGAUUCCCACCGAUCGUCGUUACGAAGAGGUGAAGUCGAUGGACGAGUACACCGAAGUGGCGAUCUCCUAUCUGGAAGACUAUAAUCUCACUCAUAGACGCAAGAUAGAUAUCGUUCUCUUCCGUUACGCUCUGGAACAUCUCGCGAGGAUUUGUCGUAUACUGGUGAUCCCUUGCGGGAGCUUGUUGAUGGUCGGCGUGGGUGGAUCCGGAAGACAGUCGUUGACCAAAUUGGCGUCCAGCAUGGUCGGUCACGGUCUGUUCCAGCCGGAGAUCGGCAGCACCUAUGGCGUGCAAGAAUGGCGAGACGAUAUAAAGAAGGUCCUCACGAACUCCGGUGGCGCGGGCAAAGAUCACGUGUUUCUCUUAACCGAAGGACAAAUCAAAAGCGAGAUCUUCCUGAACGACAUAGACAGUUUGUUAAAUUCCGGCGAAGUUCCGAAUCUCUUCACCAUCGAGGAGAGGCAAGAGCUCAUCGAGGCGACGCGGCUAGCCGCUCAAGGCGGUAAUCGUAACCUGGACAUAUCGGUCCUGUCGGUGCUGGCUUACUUCGUGAACCGAUGCAAAGAGAAACUGCACAUCAUGCUCUGCUUCAGUCCCAUCGGCGACAGUUUCCGAAUCAGGCUUCGACUCUAUCCUAGCUUGGUGAACUGUUGCACCAUCGACUGGUUCGACGUAUGGCCGGAGGAUGCUCUGGAACAGGUGGCUCUACGCAGCACCACUGACAUCAACAUCGAGGAACAGGUGAAGAUAAACGCGGUGGUUGCCUGCAAAUACUUCCACGUUUGCGCGAAAGACGUGAGCACGAGAUUUUAUAACGCCACCGGUAGGAAAACAUACGUCACCACCGCGGGAUUUCUGGAUCUUAUACGAACGUACGCAGAAUUGAUGGAGGAGAAGCAGCAGGAACUCAUACUUGCAAGAGAUCGAUACAUCAGCGGACUGGAUAAACUGGAGUACGCGGCCCAACAAAUUGGCCAAAUGAAGAUAACUCUUUCGCGGUUGAGACCUCAGCUCGAGGCGUCUGCUAAAGAGACGACUGAGACGAUGAAGAAAAUCGAGACCGAAAAUGUGAGCGUGGCGAAAGCGAGGCUGUUGGUGAAGAGGGACGAAGACAUGGCGAACGUUCAGGCUGAAGUCGCGAAGAAGUUGAAGACGGAAUGCGAAGCUGAUCUUGCGGAGGUUCUUCCUGCUUUGGACGACGCGAUAGCCGCUCUGAACACUUUAAAGCCAGCCGACAUAGCCGUCGUAAGGACGAUGAGAAGCCCUCCCGCCGGAGUGAAGCUCGUAAUGGCCGCUGUGUGCGUGAUGUUAGCUAUACCUCCCGCUAGAGUCGAAGAUCCUACAACUGGUAAAAAGUUCAACGACUACUGGGGACCUAGUAAACGUUUGUUAGGCGACAUAAGGUUCUUGGAGACCUUACGGCAAUACGACAAAGACAAUAUCCCCGCCAACAUAAUACACGAAAUCAAGACGACCUACCUGACGAAUAAAACCUUUGAACCAAAAGUGGUAGCGAGAGCGUCGUCAGCGGCCGAAGGGCUGUGCAAAUGGGUGAGAGCGAUGGUUUUGUACGACGAGGUAGCGAAAGUUGUAGGCCCGAAGAGGAUGAAACUCGACGACGCGCAAAGGGACUACGAGAACACCAUCAAGUUUCUCAACGAGAGACGCGAAAUGCUCGCCAAGUUGACCGAGAGACUCGCUGUUCUUCAUCAAAGUUUGCAAGCGAUUCUCGAGAAGAAAAUUCAACUGGAGAACGAGGUAGCAAACUGCAGGAACAAGCUGAUUCGAGCGGAGAAAUUAAUCAGCGGAUUAGGAGGAGAAAAAGAUCGUUGGAUGACGGCCGCAGCGAAUUUACAAAAGUCUUACGAUUCUUUACCAGGCGACAUUUUAAUUUCCUGCGGUAUGAUCGCGUAUUUAGGACCGUUCACCACCGCCUAUCGCGAAGAGAGCCUGCUGAAAUGGAUGAGCCACGUUAAAAACUUGAAGAUACCUUGCACCGAUAAUUACGACUUCGUCCAGGUACUUGGUACCGAGAUAAAGAUUAAUUCUUGGAACAUAUUCGGUCUGCCGCGGGAUUCCUUCUCCACCGAGAACGCCAUCAUCAUGGACAAUUCUAAACGCUGGAGUUUGUUCAUCGAUCCUCAGAGCCAAGCGAACAAAUGGAUUCGGAACAUGGAGAAGCAGAACAAACUGGAAAUUGUCAAAUUAACAGACGCCAAUUACAUGAAUGUUAUAGAGCGUGCUUUGGAGUACGGCAAACCGGUACUGAUAGAAAACGUCGGGGAGGAGUUAACGCCACCCCUCGAUCCGAUAUUGACCAAAGCGAUAUACAAAUUGGGCCCCUUGUGGCACAUCACCCUCGGCGAGAAGGUGAUCGAAUAUAAUUUGCGAUUCAAAUUGUACAUCACGACGAAGCUGCGGAAUCCGCACUAUCUGCCGGAGGUCUUCAACAAGGUGACCAUCAUCAAUUUCGCUUUAACCAUCGACGCGUUGGAGGAUCAACUGUUAGGUAUCGUGGUGGCGAAGGAGAGGCCCGAUUUACAAGAGAAACGAGAAUACUUGAUUAUCCAAAAUGCGGCGAAUAAGAAAGCCUUGAAGCAAGUCGAGGACAAUAUACUGAAGACCCUGUCCGCGUCUGGUGCGAGUAUCUUAGAAGACGAGGAAGCGAUAGAGAUUCUGGACUCGUCGAAACUCUUGUCGGCUGAUAUAUUGAAGAAACAAUCCAGCGCGAAGAAGACGGAAGUACAAAUCGAAAGGUUCCGUUUGAGUUACAGGCCGAUCGCUAUACACAGCGCUGCUCUUUAUUACACUAUCACCGAUCUACCCAACAUCGAUCCCAUGUAUCAGUAUUCUUUGAGCUGGUUCAUUAAUUUGUACGUGACGUCGAUCGACACCGCGAACAAAAGCAACAUCCUCGAGAGGAGGCUCAUGUUUCUGCGGGAAACUUUCACCUAUAAUUUGUACCAAAACGUUUGCAGAUCGUUGUUCGAAAAAGAUAAGCUCCUGUAUUCGUUCGUCCUGUACGUGACGAUUUUACUGUCGAAAAAUGCGAUCACGCAAGAAGAGAUAAUGUUCUUCUUAACCGGAGGUGUCGCCCUGGCUGCCAUUCCGGGCAAUCCAGCGCCAGCUUGGCUUCCAGAUAAAUCCUGGGCCGAGAUUUGCAGAUCCAACGUUUUAUCGAGUUUCGCCAAGUUUCAGCAAAGUUUCCUUGACCAUCUAAGCGACUGGAAAAAUUAUUAUGAUUUAUUGAAUCCAGAAGACUCGCCGUUACCACAUCCUUGGGAGGCAGUUUUGACUCCCUUUCAGAAGCUGAUCGUUACGAGAAUAAUCAGAACCGAUAAAGUGAUGAUUAUGAUACAACGAUUCGUGAAAGCUGGAAUGGGUCUGAAUUUCAUCGUACCUCCACCGUUCGACAUCUCCAAGUCCUUCGCCGAUUCCAGCUUCCUGAUACCGUUGAUCUUCAUCUUGUCACCUGGUUCCGACCCAAUGGAAGCGCUAACGAAAUACGCCGAGAGUACCAACUUCACCGACAGGUUUGAGUCGAUCUCGCUGGGCCAAGGACAAGGGCCGAUCGCUGAAAAAUUGAUAAUAAAAGCGCAGAGCGACGGCGAGUGGGUGUGCUUGCAAAACUGUCACUUGGCGGCCUCUUGGAUGGCAACUUUGGAGAGCAUCUGCGAGAAACUUGACCCAUCGAACACGCACUCCAACUUCCGCCUUUGGCUAACCAGUUAUCCUUCGGAACACUUUCCGAUCACCAUCUUGCAAAACGGCGUUAAAAUGACCAACGAACCGCCUACGGGGUUGCAAAAUAACAUCAUGAGGUCGUACAAGGCCGAGGCAGCAAGGGAUCCGGAUUUUUUCGACACCGAUCCAAGAAAGAAGCGUGCGUACUCCAAGUUGCUUUACGCUUUGUGCUUCUUCCAUGCCGUGGUCCAGGAAAGACGGAAUUAUGGCGCGCAGGGAUGGAACAUCAGAUAUGGUUUCAAUGAAUCCGAUCUUCAAAUAUCCGCCCAACAGCUUCAACUAUACGUGAACGGUUACAAAGAGGUACCCUUCAAAGCGAUCGUAUAUUUAACCGGCGAAUGUAAUUAUGGCGGAAGGGUCACCGACGACAGAGAUCGAAGAUGUUUGAACACGAUAUUGCAAGAUUUCUACAACCAAGAUGUAAUUACCGAUGCUAAUUAUUCUUUCGCGGAUACCGGACCCGAAUAUGCUCUACCAAAAAGACACGAAUACGAGGAUUAUAUUAAACAAAUUCAAGGAAUUCCUCUGAAUCCACCGCCAGAAGCACUGGGACUACAUAUGAACGCAGGCAUUACGCGGGAUCUUGAACUAGCAAAUGAUUUCUUUCAGUCCAUGAUGUUAAUCCGAGGAACGGUCACGGUGGGUGAUACUUCUAAGCAGGACGAAAUGCUGUUGAGUAUGAAGAAAGAUAUAUAUAAACGAAUGCCUGAAUUAUUCGACAUCGAGGAGGCGCAAAAACUGUAUCCCGUUAUGUACAUGGAAUCUAUGAACACGGUUCUGAUACAAGAACUGGAAAGAUACAACACUCUUUUACGCGAAAUACGACAGUCCCUCGUGUUGCUGGAGAAAGCGGUGAAAGGGUUGAUAGUGAUGACACCUGCGAUAGAAAUUCUAGCCGUUCAUAUAUUACACGCGAGGAUACCACCAUCUUGGGUAAAAGCGUGCGCCUAUCCAACUUUAAAACCAUUGCCAAACUUCAUCAAUGACUUUUUGCUUCGAUUGAACUUCUUUCGGAAAUGGUUGACGAAUGGUAUACCGCAGACGUUUUGGAUAUCCGGAUUCUCGUUUGUCCAUGCUUUUCUUACGGCAACGAUGCAAAACUUUGCAAGAAAAUACAAAAUACCUAUCGACAAAAUUGAUUUCGAUUUUCAGGUACUUCCUAUCCGCGAUUCAGAGACUGCGCCCACGGAUGGCGUUUACGUUUAUGGAAUGUAUUUGGCGGGCGCGAGAUGGGAUCUAACAAGCAUGUUACUUGCUGAAAGUCAUCCAAAAAUCCUCUGGGAUCUCAUUCCAAUUAUUUGGAUGAAACCGUGCGAAGUAAAUUUGCUUUAUGUAAAUGAACGCUACCAAUGCCCCCUUUACAUAACUUCGGCUCGUUAUGGUGUUCUCAAAACAACUGGACACUCAACGAAUUACGUGAUAUCCAUUCUUUUGGAUACCGACCGUCCUGUAAAACAUUGGAUUAAAAGAGGGCUGGCUCUACUUUGUCAACUCGACAAUUAAAUAUUGCUUAGACUAUUCGCUUUUUAUAUCUCAAAUUAAAAGAUAUAUACAUGUAUAUAUUAUGAAAAUCAUACGGUGUAGGAUUGCAAUGAUUAUUCGCGAUUUUCUGAGAUAGAGUCUUUUAUUGUAAUAGAGCUUUGUAAAAAAUAAAAUCGCGUACCUUUAACCUUCCGGUCGCAUGGGGGUGGAAUGGAUAGAAUGGAGGUGCAUCGAGGUGGGGGCGUCAGGCCUAGGGCACUAUAAUAGAGUAUGGAUCUGAAGGAAUUGCUUCCUCCUGCUGCCGGUAGAUGGCGCAAGAAUCGAGGGCGCCAUAUUGAAGCCCUUUGAAUCUGCCGGUAAGCGACAUUUCUGUCAGUGCAUGUAUUAAAGAAAUAUAUUCGAUGAAA